UGAUAACAAGCACCUUUGACUUGUUUAUUGCUGGAACUGAGACAACUAGCACCACCAUACGAUAUGGGCUUCUGCUGCUUCUCAAACAUCCAAAGAUACAAGAGAAAGUUCAAGAAGAGAUUGACCAGGUAAUAGGACGAUCAAGAAAACCGUGUGUGGCUGACCGGAACCAGAUGCCCUACACAGAUGCGGUGGUCCAUGAAAUCCAGCGCUUCAUCUCUCUUAUCCCCCUGGCUCUCCCUCACACUGUGACCAAAGACACCUGCUUCAGAGAGUACAUCAUUCCUAAGGGAACCACAAUUUAUCCUGUCCUCAGUUCUGUCCUCCAUGACAGUAAAGAGUUUGCAAAUCCAUAUGAGUUCAACCCUGAACAUUUCUUGAACAAGAAUGGCACCUUUAAGAAGAGCAACUUCUUCAUGCCCUUCUCAGCAGGAAAGCGAAUAUGCCCUGGAGAGGGCUUGGCACGAAUGGAGAUAUUCUUACUCGUAGCCACCAUCUUGCAGAACUUUACCUUGAAGUCUGUUGUCGACCCCCAGGAGCUCAGCAUAACCCCGACGCUGAGUGGGACAGGCAACGUACCUCCUGCCUACCAGCUCUGUGCUCUCCCCCGCUGAAAAGCACUAAACCACUCUCUACAGCGUCCUCAGCCUGGCUAUUCCUUUACAUCUCCUUUACUGAAACCAACAGCAGGAGCAUUGGCCCACCUUGCCCAGGUUCCAGGAAGGCAGUCCAAACAUAGAUAUAUGCACAGAGUAGACAGCUUUGAAGCCUCCCAGAACUCCACCCCAUCACAGGAGGCUCUGGGUGACAUUGCAGCCCCUUGCACUGACACUCUGUCACGGGAUCAUUGAGUACAGUGGCUGCAUCAAUCAGCUGCUUUUCUCACAAACACAGAUCCCAUGGCUGCUCCUGCAGCCCAUGUCCCACCAAGAGAUGGAUAGCGCUGCCUGUGUGUACAUUAACAAGCCAAUAAAGAAAAAUCUAUUUAUGAG